AUGCGCGUGAUAAAAGUUCGGGCAGCCCUCCUGUCCGACUUUGAAGUGCUGCAGCUGCUCCGUGAUAGUGAGGCGGAGCAACGGAAUGAAGCACGGACUCGUAAAGAGCAGCAAGUAUCUGAUACCGAUAUCGCCUCCAAUUUUCGCACUAUGCAAUUUGAAGCCAUAACUUCUCUCUCGCAGUCGUUUCGGGCAUGCUCCUUGCAAACAGCUGAGCACAUUCGUGCGUUUCUAGAUGACUUGCACAAGCGCGGCUAUGUUAUCCCAGAUGAGCGCAUCCUGGCUGAUGAGCCAGGCCUGACCAAGACGGAACGCUUACAGCUCGUGAACCAUGCGCCCUCCAGCGUCGUGGAACUACAUACGCUGGUGGAAGAGUUGGGACAGCGCAUGAACGAUGAUCAAAUAAACGACAUUAUCCAGUGUGUGACGGCGCACUUGCCUAUUCCCGAUGCAUCCAAUACCGAUCCACACACUAUGCCCAUGGAACACCCGCCUCCUAUGAUGCAAGACAACUCGAUGACCCAAGCAACCGACAUGCCUGAUGCUGACAUGGAUGAAGAAGACGCUUUUCCUGAGGAGCAUUUUGAACACGAAGAGCCUGGCGCGAAUAUGGACCACGACGCAGGCGGCGGAUAUGACGCGGAUGAUUAG